AUGGUGGUAAAUUGUGUUUGGGCAAGUGCACAGCAGCUAUAUAUAGUGCAGUCUACCCGUCGAAAUGACCUCUUAAGACACCAGUUCUCUGCCAAGUGUGACAGGGAGAUUGAGGCCCGCCGACCGGACAUCGUUGUAGUGGACAAGCAAAAAAGAGAGGUUAAAAUCAUAGAUAUUGCAAUACCUGGAGAUGUCAGAGUAUGCGAGAAAGAGAUAGAAAAGAUUGAUAAGUACAAACCAUUGAAGGAUGAGAUUGCACGUCUGUGGCAAAUGCAGAAAGUGACUGUAAUUCCGGUUGUCGUUGGAGCACUGGGAGCGAUAACAAAUUGGCUUGGGAAAUUUAUGCAAGAGAUUGGGAUAGAAAUUUGUAUCGAGCAUGUACAGAAAACAGCGCUACUUGGGACAGCAAGAGUAUUAAGAUUGGAAUGCUUCAUCACAGAGGCUGCCCAGGGACCUUCACACCACUAA